CGUUGGGCAGCCCAGUGCGGAGCGGAGCAAGAAGAAACGCAACAAAACCCCAAGGUCUCCGAGCCCCAAGGCCUCGCGCGCGCAGCCACACCUCGGCAGGGCAAUGGCGAUGAUGAUGGACACGGGCGAAUCCAAGUCACCGGCGCGCGCGCUGCGGCGGCUGGCCGGCGCCGCGGUCGCCGCCGUGCUGCUCCGCCGCACCUUCAGCGCCUCCAAGUGCAAGACGGAGGCGCGGAUGGCCGCGGCGCGGAUGAAGCUGCUGCGGAACCGGCGGGAGGCGCAGGUGCGCCAGAUGCGCCGCGACAUCGCUGCGCUCCUCCGCGACCGCCAGGAUGAUACCGCGCGCAUCAGGGUUGAGCAUGUAAUUAGAGAACAGAACUUUAUGGCAGCAAACGAGAUCAUUGAACUGUUCUGUGAGCUGAUUGUCACACGCCUUCCCAUCAUUGCAAAGCAGAAGGAAUGUCCAGCAGAUCUAAAAGAAGGCAUCUGCAGUUUGAUAUUUGCAGCUCCAAGGUGCUCUGAGCUACCUGAACUCACUCGGAUGCGUGACAUUUUUGAAAAGAAGUACGGUAAAGAUUUCGUUUCCGCUGCUGUUGACCUACGGCCAGAUGCUGCAGUUAAUAAUCUUCUAAUUGAGAAGCUGUCAGUUCAGAAGCCUUCUGGGCAAACUAAGCUGAAAGUUCUCAAGGAUAUAGCGAAGGAGCAUCAGAUUGAUUGGGAUACCACUGAGAGUGAGCAGGAGCUUCUAAAACCUCCUGAAGAGUUGAUUCAAGGACCAAGUACAUUUGUUGAAGCUUCCAACAUGCCUGUUAAGAUUACUCUGGCACCACACGUUGUGACACCAAAUCCUGCUGACUUCAGCUCUAGAUAUUCUGAUGAUGAAUAUGAUAACGGUGGCACUAUGCAAUUCAAAGAUGCUGCUUCGGCCGCUCGAGCAGCUGCAGAGUCUGCUGAGAGAGCAGCAUUUGCCGCCAAGGCUGCAGCUGAUCUUGCCUAUAAGAACAAUUCAUCUGAUCAAGUUGAAGGUGGCAAAACUUCGGCUCAUGAAUUCACUCACCCCUGCAAGAGACAGUCAAUGAGCAACUCAAGUAGAUCAUCCAGGAAAGAAGAUGUGGAUGCUUUUGAUGAACUAAAGCUCGAUGGAGGGAAAGCAUCCAGCACAGGAAGCUUCAGUGGAUCGAACCACAUAGAAGAUAAAGACACAUAUCUUGUGGAUUUGGAUGCUAAGAAGACACGCAAAAGGAACAGCCGUGCUGCUCGGAAGGUACACUCAGAGAUAAAAUUUGAUGAUUCUGAGGGACUGUGUUCAGAGACAGAGGAUGAAAAUGAUGUGGAGAUACAGUCCGUAGAAAGGCCACCCCUUCCUACAAGAGAGCCUUUUCCGGGAAACCGUCACCCUGAAGAGGAAGAGCCGGAUCACGAUUUCCCUGAUUUGCCAAAGGCGAACCUUCAUGCUCGUGUUCAUCCAAAUAUGCCUCUUGACUAUGAAACUCUUACUGCACGCUUCGAGGCACUCAAGUCCGGCAAGCUUCCAUAGUGCAACAUAAAGAGCAGGCGUACUGUGUUAUAUUCUUGUUACUUCUGUACAACAUUAUAUCACAUAUUAAGAGGCUGUAGACGUACUUCUCUAGUGCAUUUGAUUUACCGAGUUGAAGGAUUUAUUGAUUCAAACUGCCACCGGAUAUGCAUUGUUCAGGUAUAUAGAGAAUUUGGAAUGGCAAUUCUAAUUUUUUUUGGUUGCAAUAUUCUUAUGGCUGGAAGUCAUUCCUUCAGUGCCUGUA